AUGGCAUCUGGUCUGAAGCCAUUCGAAGUACCCCAGUCAAUCUUGGAAACACCUGGGGCCUUCCCUGUUGAUUCCUCCGAGUUGCAGACUGUAGGUACAUCAGCUCCUCAAUCCCUCUCUUCUGCGGUGAGGGCUCGCAAAGAUGAGUUCACCCGCAAGAAGUCAAUCAAGAUCAAGGUCGGCAGCUGGAAUGUCGCCGCGCUCAAUGAUGCUGCGAAAGAUCUGGGACUAUGGUUCGUCAAGGGCUUCGGGGUGAAGGGUCUGUCCGAUAGCAUGGCCACGCUUCAGCCAGAAAGCAGCACGAAUCUACCACAGGACCAAGGCAUUGAGUCAGUUGAAGAUCAGGAGGCCCGGAGACGACGGAAGAAGAUUACCAUACCCAAUGACGACAAACCAGCAAUUCCUCACGACGAGGACAUUGGCCUCUACGUCCUUGGCUUGCAAGAGGUCAUCGACAUCUCCUCGGUCACGGAGGCCAUCAAGCCCUAUACCGAUCCCAACCCAGCCAAGAAGUGGAAAACAAGUCUCAGAUCAUGUCUCCCAAAAGGCUACGAAAAAGUGGCCGAACAGCAGCUUCUAGGCCUGCUGAUCCUAGUCUUUGCUUCGCCAGAGUUGCACCCUACGAUAAGCAAUGUUAGCUGUUCAAGCGUCCGCACAGGGUUCAGUGGCUAUUUCGGCAACAAAGGUGCCGUUUCCGUCCGCCUAGUGCUCGGAGAAUCCACGAAGAUGUGCUUCAUCAACUGCCAUCUCGCCGCAGGAGCUGAUGCUGCCUCCCUCGAACAUCGAAUCUGGGAUACCAACCAGAUCAUUCAGCGCACCCGCUUUGGACCGGUCUCGAUCGAGGGAGAGAACGACGGACCCGAGGAAAAACUUGGCGACGAAGACUUCGCCUUUUGGUUUGGCGAUCUCAACUACCGCCUCGACGACAUUCCUGGCGAAGACGUGCGUCGCUUGCUCCUCUUGCACACACGCAAUGAGUACGACGUCUCGAACACAUCGAAGCAGAAGAUCGACAGCGAGCUCGGCUACCAAGCCGCUGCUAUCGAACAAUGCCCUCCUGGUGGCCCCGAGCCUUUCCAUCAUUAUGAGAUCUCCGAAGAAGAGCUGACAGCUGCUGCCAGCAAUGCCUCUCCUACCCUUGACCCGGCUUCCGACCCUGCAUCACUCGUCACUACCAUCUCGUCCCUCUUCGCGCAUGACCAGCUCCGCGCCCAGCAGCGUCAGCAACUCGCCUUCCACGAUGGGUGGCGCGAAGGGGACGUUAACUUCCUGCCAACGUACAAAUACGACAUUGGCAGCAUUGGCAUGUUCGAUUCCGGCGAAAAGAAGCGAUCUCCCUCUUGGUGUGAUCGUAUUCUGUAUAGAACGCGCACGGAUCGGCUAAUGUACGAGGAGCGCGCAGCCAAGGAGACAGAGGCGAGGAGGAAGGAUGAGGAGAUGCAGAAGCGUGGUUUGGACGAGGCGGCGGAGGAUGAGAGAAGCGUGCUUUUCGACUAUGAUCCUGACACAGAUGGACUGGCGUUUGGAGACGACUACGACGAGGAGGCUGAAGAAGUGAAUGAUGCCGAGCUCGUCAGGACAAGAGAGGGCCGCGAAGACGAGGUAACGCUGGAACACUACAUCUCGCAUCAACGAGUUCUGUCGUCGGAUCACAAACCCAUAGACGCCGUCUUCACCUUGACCUAUGACGCCGUCAUUCCAGAACUAAAAGCGAAAGUCCACGCUGAGGUGGCGCGCGAGUUGGACAAGGCGGAAAACGAGGCGAGACCAACGAUUACGGUUGUGACGGAGAAUCACAAUGAUGGACAGUCCGACGCAGGAGACGACGCCCUGGAUGCCAGCACUGAUAAUAUCAACACCCAGACCGCCUCAGAUGUGAACUGCAUCAAUUUCGGCAAUGUGAGGUAUGAUGUGCCCAAAACGCGCAGCAUCACGGUGGCCAACACGGGACAGUUGUCCUGUACGUUCAAAUUUAUCGGAAGGGGCGAUGACAGUCUCGCCGCAGCCAAACCCCGCUCCAGCAACAACAAGGCCAGCCACGCAGGCAGCCCUGACAAUGACAUCGCACCCAGCUGGCUGACCAUAUCUCCACUAUCUCCCUCAGACCCGGACCUGUCGAGCUAUUCUACGCCAGAUAACGACUACACCCUCUCGCCGGGGGACACUUUGACCCUCUACCUCACGGCGCACGUGGACUCAAUCAAGCCCUCGCUCGUAGAAGCCCUCAACUCGGGCACCACAGCACUCGAUGACGUCCUUAUACUGCGCGUCGCUGGCGGGCGCGACCACUUCCUGCCCCUGCGUGGCACCUGGCUCCCGACGUGCUUCUUCCGCAGCCUGGAGGAACUCGUCGUCGCGCCACCCGCUGGCGGCGUACGAGCCGCCCCGCGCAAGCGCAACAACCGCGACGGCACCGGAACGAGUGGCGUGAAGAGCAGUCCCACAAGCAUGGGCGGCCAGGGACGCAACAGUGCGCCGCGGGAAUUGUUUGCGCUGACAGAAGCGGUGCAGGUAUUGGCGGAGCGGGCGGUGGUGGACUGGGGCAUGGUGCAUCCUGACGCGCCAGCGCCGUGGACAUGGGGCCAGGACGGCGACGCAUCCACCGAUGGUAGCAUUACUGGAUGGCCCUUCAACGAGAAGAGCUGGACAUUCCACGCAGGAGAGGAGCGGGACGAGAUGAAGGCGCGCGUAAGGGAAGCGCUGGACACGGCGAAGCCAAUCCAGGACUGCCUGCCGCUAGAAACGGAAUGUAUUGUGCGAUUGGAGGUUGUGGGCGAGACGCUGGUCGAGUUCCUCGCCAGCGUGCGCUCCGGCAUCGUGACGACCGACAUGUGGAAGUCCAUCUCCACCUCGCUGGAACAGCUUGCGAAGCAAGAUGCACAAGGCUCGCCCGCCGAGGAUAAGUCUGCGCUGACGAUGGAAGCUCUUUCCAGCCGGCCGGUUCACAGCGUCAGCUUAACGUUUGUGACGUUUAUGCUGAGCCGUCUGCUGCAGGAGGUGGCACCCCUGAGCAAAGAGCAGAAAGGGAAGGACAGCAACAUCGCGAGGAGCAGUAGCCGAAGGUCCCGCGCGAGUACGGUGAGCGAGGCGGAGAGCGAGAUCAGCACCGGCGCCGCACCGAGUGUAGAGAGUGGGAAUGCCGGCAGCAAUGCUCCUGCAGCAGCUGAGGAGGGAAGCGAAUCCAGAAGGGGCGGUGGUGGCUUCUUUAGCAGCAUCACGCGGCGACGGCGGCGGGGAUUAUCAAAUGCCACGGGUGGAACGAAAACCGCGGCCAAAGCAGAGGCGAUGGCGCUGGAGAAGAGGACGACGCUGCUCAAGGGCUACGCAGCUAACUUUGCGCCGCUCGUGAUACGGACAGAAGGAGAUAUGGUGCUGAAGGGCAAGGAGAAGAAGGCGCUGGAAGUGAGGAAACAAAAGCUCAUGGAGACACUGUUGGAAGGAGUUGGUGUUUAG